ACUCACUGGUCGUGUUGCGAGUUGCGAAGUAGUUAAAAACUGCCGGCGCCGGCUUUGUUGUGUCGUCCUCGUCAUUACUUUAACGCGUGGACGGGCCAGCGUGGGCCAUCUGUGCGAGAUGUUCAAGCGAAAGUUGACCGCGCUUGGAUUCAACAACACGGACAAUUUCAACAUUCAAAGCCAAGGGGAGUUCCGCAGCCUGGUGGCCUGGCUUGAGGACCAAAAGAUCCGCCACUACAAGCUCGAGGAGCGAGCUGCCCUGCGAGCCCUGGACGCCCCAGGAUGGAUGCAGGCUUUUGAAACGUACCUACAAGACCUGGCCUGCCCGCACAAGGGUUCGGACACAAAGACCGUGCUAGACUGGCUGCUCGGAAUGGCAGUGCACCUUGAGUACUCGGAUGACCCGGACAAGUACGUGGAGGCCAGCAAAAAGGCAGAGCAGGAUACGGGCGCCCCCAAGAUGGUGCACGCAAACCCGCUGGACGACCUGGACUUUGACUGCCAAGAGUUCCGACAGGGGGUGCAGGCACUGGCGCAGUACCUUGGGGUCACCCAGCAUCCGGAUCACCUUGUGACACUGCAGGGCGUUUGUGCAUUGAUUCAGGAGCGGCUCUCCACUACCAGCCAGGAGGCGAUCAAGCAGCGCAGCACACAGGGCAAGCCUUAUCCAUUGAAAGAGAGCAGCCUAGGCUUCGACACUGGAGACCCUGUGCUGAACCAAGCGGCCAAGGUGCUACGGCUGCUCUACGUGCAGGACCUGCGUGACCUGCAGACUCGCAUAAACGAAGCCAUUGUGGCCGUGCAGGCCAUCACGGCAAACCCAAAGACCGACACCCGGCUGGGAAAAGUGGGGCGCUAGACGCAUCCACCACCACCGCCAUACUCCAGUGCCUGCUCGCUCUCUCAAAUGGACGCAUCUGUGUGUGUGCGUGCAUGUGUAUGAACUGUCUGCUGGUCCUGUUCAGUGUUGUGCAUAAAGCUGCCUAGCAGAUA